AUGUCCAAGGCGACCUUCGCCGUCAUCGCUGCGGCCAGCGCAGCCACCGGUGCCGGGCCGCAGCAACAACUGCCUCCUCCGACCAGCGGCGCCGUCAAGGUCCCCGCCACGACGCCCACGCCAACCCUUGCUGCCAAAGCUGCAGGCCCCGUCGAUCCGUCUGGCAUCUACCAAUAUGGGUUCCCAGGCCCCGUCGCCGAUGAGCUGUCGACGCUGCCACUCACGGGCGCGUACGACCGCCGCACGCGCAAUCCCGCCUGGGUUGCCGAGCACAUCACACCGCAGUCGCUGGCCAUGAAGAACGCCGACCGCCGCCACAGCACUUUUGUCGAGGACCAGUCCAUUCCGGGUCUCUUCCGCGCCCGUCUGUCCGACUACUUCCGCUCCGGAUAUGACCGCGGUCACCAGGUGCCGGCCGCCGACGCCAAGUGGUCGCAGGAGGCGAUGAACGACACCUUUGCGUUGAGCAACAUGUGUCCUCAGGUCGGCGAGGGCUUCAACCGCGAUUACUGGGCCCAUUUCGAGGACUUCUGCCGUGGUCUCGCCAAGCAAUACCCAUCUGUCCGCAUCGUCACCGGCCCCCUGUACCUGCCGCACCGCGACCCCGACGGCAAGUGGCGCGUCAACUACGAGGUGAUUGGGAACCCGCCCAAUGUCGCUGUUCCCACCCAUUUCUACAAGGUCAUCUAUGCCGAGGACGGCUCUCAGCUCCCGCACAGCAAGGUUGCCCUCGGUGCCUUUGUGUUGCCCAAUGCCCGCAUUCCCAACGAGAAGCGUUUGUCGGACUUCGAGGUCCCGCUGGAGGCUGUUGAGCGUGCUUCCGGCUUGGAAUUUGCCGCUAAGCUGGAUCUCAGCCGUCGUCGCCGCCUCUGCCAGGAGAUCCGCUGCGAGAUUGUCGUGCGCGAGUUCAACAAUGCCCAGAAGAAGGCAUGA